AUGAAAGCCCAAGUAGAACAUUUCAUUCCAAACGGCCAUUUCUACUCGCAUUACGCCACUGAAAUUUUUGGCCCCGACAUUACUCCAAAGCUGGAACUUGAGUUAACUACUUAUGAAGCAAUUCUAACUUCGGGUGCUGCUAGCAACCUUUCUUUGCCUUAUUUUUGGAUAAUGCAACAAGAGAAUCUCCCCAAUCUUCACAAGCAAAGUUUUCUGUGGUGCCCUGUUUCUGGCUCGUCGGUCUCCGUUGAACGACUAUUCAGUCGGCUUGGCAUCAUUUAUGGUAACAAAAGACGAGGACGCUUACUACCUUCUAUUAUUGAAUCACUCAUUUCGAUUCACGAUGCAAAUCUUGGCGAUAUUGUUGUUAGGAAGUUUCCUAGCCGCUACACGCAGAAGUACGCUGAGAACGCCUUUGACAUGGCUCGCCUGGAGACUUGUGAUCCGAUUGGGAAGCCGUGUCUCUUCGAUGAAAGCGACGUUGAUGGAGAUUCGGACGCUGAAACUGUCACU